AUGAGCUGAGGUAAGGACACGUUACAGGCAGCCAGUGUGUAGCGAGGCAUCAUGGCGGGAACUCCUCUCCGCGCUCUCCUCCUCCUCCUCCUAGUGGGCCUCUACCCUGCUGCAGGCGAGGACCUCCAGGAGAAGGACGUGGCCAAGGCCAGGGUCGAGAGCUGUGGUGGAUGACGACUGAAUAGGCUCCCCGAGGUGAAGAAAUUCAUCCACGAGGACAUUCCCUUAUUUCAUAAUGUAAGGUACAAGCCUAUUGGUGGUGCUCCCCCAGAGCUGGUCCUUCUCAACAAACUUGAUCAGGAAGUGGAACGCAUUCCUCUUGAGAAAUUUAAUCGUGAGGAAUGUAACCAGUUGCUGCUGAAGAAAGGUUUCUACAAGAAGACAAAACAAGAUGAAGUAGUACCAGAACAGUACCUGGAAGGCCCAUACAGGGAAAGGGAAGAACUCUAGAUGGAUUUAAUCACUUAAUGUUAUUUUGAAAGUAAAUUAGUUGUGUGGCAUUUUGUAAAAUAAGUUAAGUCUCAAAAUAUAGUUCAAAUUUUCUUGGCAUUUCGGACAGCUGAUUAACAAUUUAUAUAUUUCAGGCAGUGCAGAUUGAACAAUAUUAUGAACCUAAUAUGAAGGGGGUGGUGUAAAGGACUUAAUUGUUCUUGCUGCUCUUGGAAGCAACUAAGGUUCAAGUAUUGUUUGAGCAUAUUGUUCUUGUGAAUUCCGAGUUUUGUAGUUUUAAUAAAGUAAAAAAAAACUA